AUGUGGCUUUCGACUCCAUCGGCCGAGUCUCUCACUCGGCCGCGAAUCGCCGUCGCUCUCGUUUCAGCCAUUGCCACAGCUUCGAUUGGAUACUACGCCUACCAGAGCCGCUUCAACUCGCACGUCGACGUUCUGCCCGGCGCCGGCCUUCACAGAAGCAACGCCGUCCGUCGAAGCAGACGAUGGUCGCGCGCCGGACAUAGAGCUAGCUCGAGCACCUCUUCUUCGGACGCACCUGGCGAUGAGAACGUGGAAAAUGCCGAGAACGCCGAGGACAACGGUGUCCAGCCCGCCCAGCCGGUGGGCGAAGGCGAACCGAUAGAGGCAAACAAUGACGAAUGGUGGAACGAUCCGAAUAAUUAUCCUCCCCAACAACGAGCUGGCCACAAUAUUGUUUCCCUCCUGUUUCGCGUCUCGGAAGACAAUGCAAAGCGCAAUGGCUGCGUCCACAGAGGAUGCCAAUGUAACUCAUGCGGCAUGGUUCCUAUCCGUGGCGUUCGCUACCGCUGUGCCAACUGUGCCGACUUUGAUCUGUGCGAGACAUGUGAAUCACAAGGAGUCCAUAUCAAGACGCACAUCUUCUACAAGAUUCGCAUACCGGCACCCCCAUUCGGCCCGCGACAGAUGCAGCCGGUCUGGUAUACUGGAGACCCCGAUAGCUGUCGACGCAAUCUGCCUCGAAACUUGAUUGCCAAGCUUUCGAGGGAAACUGGGUUUGAACGGCCGGAAUUGGAAGCUUUCUGGGAACAAUGGACGUUUAUGGCAAAUACUGAAUGGAGAGACGACCCCAAUGACCUCGGCAUUGCCAUGGAUCGCAAGACGUUUGAGCGGUGCCUCGUACCGACAGGCGGCUCACGACAUGCUUCGCCAAACUUGAUUCACGACCGGAUGUUUGCCUUUUAUGAUGACAACAAAGAUGACUUGAUUGGAUUUGCCGAGUUCUUACGAGGUCUAUCCUACCGCAAGCGAAAAGAUAAACUCAAGAAAGUCUUUGACGGUUACGAUCUUGACAAUGAUGGUUACGUCGAUAGGCGUGAUUUCCUACGCAUGUUUCGAGCCUAUUAUGUCCUUUAUAAGCAAAUGCACAAAGAUAUCCUGGAUGGCCUCGAAGACCAAUUGCUCGCUAGCUCCGAGGCUCAACAGCUCGUCGCUAGUCGUCAGCCGUUAAGUAGUCUUUUUGGACGAGAGGGUAGAGUUCCAACUGCGGACGGACCCUUGGCAUUUGACGGCAAGAGAGUCUUCCCUGAUGGACAUGUUGAGAUAGAAGUCGGAAUGGAAGAUGCUGUUGUGAGCGACGCGAGCGACACAGCUGCUCGAGACGAAAUUCUGACCGACCUCUAUGCCUAUGACACCGACCCGUACUCUAGACGCAGGAUGCCCCCUACAGAUGACGUUGACACCAACUGGCGCACCGUCCGCACCCUGACGACGAAUGAUGUUGACCGAUCAUAUUUUCUGUCUCUGAUGAACCCACCUGCUUCUCUGGAUGAACUACCUGCCGCUAUCGUGGGAAACAACGAGGCCGACGAUAAUGCAACAGACGAAACAUCUGAGGAUGGCGAAACGGAUGACAAGGACGGAGACGAAGAUCACGACCGUGACCAUCCCGACUACUCCGGAUCACAGCGGCAUGACUCCUUCUCUAGCAUUUUCCGCACUGGUAGAUUCCCGACGGAGAGCGAAAUCAGGGCAAGCUACGUCGCCCAUUAUCGCCUACAUGGUCCCCGAAUGAAUCGAAGACGCCAAGAUCUGGCCCGACGACAGCUUCACGAAAGGUGGAAGAGAAGACAUUUCUACCUGGAUGAAGAAGAAGGCGGAGAGGCGCCCUCGCAAUGGGAAGAUGAAGAGGACAUCCUUGGGACAUCUGGCAUCAUGGGCGAAAGUUCCAAGGGCGCCAGUCCGCACCAUGCGUCAACACACUCCCGAUCCAGUUCCAAGGCCGACUUUGCCGAUGACAUGAAUGAUUUGGAGACUCGGUCCAAUAGCUCGACGUCAUUCACAAGCCAGCCCGAACGUUGGGCGGGGCUGGGAAUCCCUGUUGCCGAGAAAGAUGCCGGCAAAGAGAUUCUUUACCAAGUUACACAGCAAGCAUUCAACGAACUUUUGGAUAUCAUCUUCAAGCAUGCCGAAGAUCUUGCGGUUCAGGCAGCCGCAACCAAGGCACAACGGCUAAAGUACAAAGACGCAAUCGACUCUGUCAGCAUGGCAGAUGAAAAGGCAGAUAACGGUAACGGUCAGCAAGAAGAAGUUCCAGUUUACACAGAAGCGUCUCCUCGAAGCAAGACUCUCGAGGAACUCUUGGAGGAAUCUGGAUACAUGCUUGACCAGCAAGAGUCGCGGAAUGCGGUGGAGAUUAGCAUUGUGGAAGAGAUUUUACGAGAUGAACAGGCCGGUGGGCGCUCGUCGGAACAGGAGGAAAGCGAAUACGAGUCCGAGGCAGAGCUUGAAGCUGACGGCGAAGGCGAAUACCGUGAUCUUACUUGGCCACAGUUUCGUCCUAACAGUAAUGCCUUUGUCUCCCCAACAAGUCAGCCACCAGCCUCGUCCAAACGCAAGGCCAAGGUACUCUCUAAAGAUGAGACCCAGGCAGAUACACAUAAAGCGGCGACUAAAAAGGCAUCCAGCGAACCGUCGCUCAAAACCCUACGAAGGUGGAAGAAGUUGAACGUGGCUGAGCAACAGGCAGCCGAGCGGGGAGGCUGGGGCAGGCUCAACUUUGCCGAGUUUGAAGAUAUUUACAAGAAUCAAGAGCACCAGGGUAACAGACUGGACUACCUUGGCAGCUGGAUAGACUUUUGCAUUCCCUAG